AUGGCCGCCGUCGGCAUUCAGGAUUCAAACCGCAAGAGUGCCGUCCUCCUGCAUCUGAUCGGGCCAGACGUCGCCGACCUCGUGGACACCCUGCCGGAGGAGACCGACGCGACGGCGGAGGCCGACGACUACGACAAACUGAAGAAGAAGCUGACAGCUUACCUGUCCCCAGUAAGGAACACCGUGGCAGAGCGUUCCGCGUUCCACCAAAUGCGGAUGGAGGCAUCGGAGGACCUAGAGCACUUUCUGGGGCGCCUCCGUGCUCAAAUCGCGCUGUGCAGCUACCCCGCCACGGAAACGGACACAGAACUGAGGGAUCAGUGCGUGCUGGGCUGCCGAGCGGGUCUCCAAGAGAAGCUUGUCCAGUUGGCGGCCUCUAAGGGGGACAAACUCACACUGGAGGAGGUCCGGCAGGCGGGCCGUGCCCACCGCGACCUCCAGCAGCUCGGCGCCCAGCUGGCUGCCACGCGCGUAACGGAGAGGCCAGCCGCCGUGGGCGACCAGCCGCCCUAUCCGCCAGAGCCGCACUCCGUGGACGCGGACCAGCAGCAGCAGCAGCAUCGGCCGGCAACAGGCAGGGGGCGCCCUGCCCAGCAGCAGCAGCCGCGGCGGCCGCGCGGCCGGGAGCGCGACGGCGGAACGGCUGACGGAGGCGGCGCCGACGGCAGGCGUCCAGAGACGCGGCGGUGCUUCAAGUGUAACAAGGUCGGACACCUGCGGCACCAGUGCCCUCAGAAGGACGAUACAGACAUGUGGGGCAUCGAUUUCGGCUUCGGGAGCAUCAACUCGGUAAACCUGACGCAGGCAGUUACAGUCACCGUGCCGGUCAACGGGGUAAAAAUCAACAUGCUGGUGGACAGCGGCAGCCCCGUAACCGCAGUGGGGCGUGACACGCUCAUCCCUGGUCUGCAGCUGAGGCCCAGCCCACUGCACCUCACCUCAUUCACCGGUCACGUCAUCCCUCUGAUCGGUGAAGGUCAGGUGUCGGUGAGGUUCCGGGGGCGUGAUCACCGUUUGCGACUGGUGGUGGUCGACCUGCCCGGCGAGAGACGACUGCUGGGCCGCGACUGGAUGUCGGCCCUGAACAUCAGCGCGAGUGGCGAGGCUGCAGUACUGACCGUCGGACCGGGCGGCGUGGCCGCAGAUCUGCAAGCGGUCUGUGAUCGGCACGCGCCGGUGUUCGAUGGCCGCCCGGGGCGGAUCAAAGGGACCAAGGCGCACCUGGUCCUCAAACCCGACGCGCAGCCUGUGUCGAGGCCGGUACGUCUGCCUCCCUACGCGCUCAAACCAGCCGUGGAGCGGGAGCUGGACCGGUGGGUGGAAGCCGGUAUAGCGGAGAAAAUCGGACCAAACGACGCCCUGGGAUGGGGCACUCCGCUGGUGACAGUCCCGCGUGCCGAUGGAGGCAUACGUUUGUGCGGAGACUACCGCCUGACGGUAAAUCCGCAACUGCAGAUGGCCACGCACCCGACGCCAACGCCGGAGGACAUCUUCGCGAACGUCAGAGGACAGCAGUUCUGUAAACUCGACCUUAAGGACGCGUUCCUACAGCUGGAGCUCGGAGAGGAGUCACGUGACAUGACGACCGUGGUCACACACCGAGGAAGGUACCGAAUGCUCGCUCUGCCGUUCGGGAUCUCGGCGUGCAGCUCAAUUUUCCAAUCAGCGAUCGACCAUAUCCUGGAUGGAAUUGACGGCUGCGUGGCGUACCAGGACGAUCUGCUCAUCGCAGGCGCCGACCGGAAGGAGCUGGCGCAGCGGCUCGACCGAGUGCUGGCUCGCCUGGAGCAGCACGGGGUCAAACUGAAGCGAGAAAAGUGCCGCCUGGGACUCGAUGAAGUGCAGUAUCUCGGCUGGUGUAUAUCGGCGAACGGACUGCGGCCGGUGAAGGACAAGGUCCAAGCCGUGCUGGACAUGCCGGACCCCAAGGACGUCAAGGCGCUGCGCAGCAUCCUGGGUAGUAUCACCUACUAUCAGCGGCUGCUACCCAACCUGUCGACGCUGCUGGCGCCGCUCUACCGCCUGCUGCAGAAAGGGGUGCCGUGGGAAUGGAGCAGCGAAUGUCGACACGCGCUGACUCAGGUCAGACAGCUCCUGGCAGGAGACACGGUACUCAAGCGGUACGAGCCGGAGGCGCCGCUCAAGUUGGUAACGGACAGCAGCGAGGUCGGAGUGGGAGCAGUACUGACACAGCCCGACGGCGAAGGACUGGAGCGCCCAAUAAUGUACGCCUCCCGCACACUCACCGGCACCGAGAGGAAGUACCCGAUGGUGGAAAAGGAGGCUCUGGCAGUGUCAUUCGCCGUCAAACGGUUCGGGCAGUUCCUCUAUGGCCGACGAUGGACUCUCGUCACGGAUAACAGAGCGCUGUCGCGUAUCCUCUGUCCCGAACGCGAGCUGCCGACCCUCGCUGCGGCGAGACUACAGAGGUACGCACUGCAGCUCGCAGCCUUCACGUACGACGUCGAGCUGAGACCUUCGGAGAACAUGCAUCUGGCUGACAGCCUGUCCCGCAUGGCGGUGCCGGGGCGCCCGCUACGUCCAUCAGAAGACAUGCACCUGGCGGACAGUCUGUCUCGUAUGGCAGUGCCAGGCGGAGAGGUCGAGCCAGCGGACGCGGAGGACGACACCAGCGGCGGCUCGUAUCUGCUGUUCAUGGACGGUGUAGCUCCAGUUCUGACGGCCAAACAACUCGCGGCGGCGACACGCCGCGAUCGGGUACUGUCGCGCGUCCUGACGUACGUGCACAGUGGGUGGCCCGGACAGGUGGAGCAGGAGCUGGCCCCGUUCCGUCAGAGGCGGGAUGAGCUCUCCACGGACCUGGGAUGUCUGCUCUGGGGUGGCAGGACGGUGGUUCCCCACUGCCUUCGGCAACAGGUGCUGGCAGAGCUGCACCAAGGUCACCUGGGCAGCGCCAAAAUGAAAGGUGUGGCGCGCCGAUACGUAUGGUGGCCGGGCAUGGACGCCGAGCUGGAGGCCCUGGCGCGUGACUGCGCGGCUUGCAUGGAAAAGCGCGGGGCACCACCGCGUGCUGAACUUCACCCUUGGGAACCGACGGACAGCUGCUGGUUCAGGGUUCACAUCGACUUCGCUGGACCUUUCCAGGGCUCUUUCUUUCUGAUAGUGUAUGACAGCUACUCGCGCUGGGUGGAGGCAGUGCCGAUGCGUGAGACCAGCACGGAAAGCACUGUGCGUGUUCUGCGCGAAAUGUUCGCCAGGUUUGGAUUGCCGGUCCAGGUGGUCAGCGACAAUGGACCCCAGCUGACCGCCACUGCGUUCUCCCAGUUCCUGAACUCGAAUGGGAUUCGGCACAUCAGGACAGCGCCGUGGCAUCCAAGUAGCAACGGGGCGGCGGAGCGCGCAGUGCAAACCGUAAAGAAUGGCUUGAAAGCUGCACUCAAGGACGGAGGAACGCUUUCUCAGCGCCUACAGCGGUUCUUGCUGGCAUACCGGGUGGCGCCACACGCGACCACGGGGAGGUCUCCAGCGGAAAUGAUGCUGGGACGGAACGUGCGAACCAACCUGGACCUCCUAAAGCCGGAUGUGGACGUGCGGCAGCGCGAGGAAAAACUUCGCCAGUGGCAGGCCGGUAGGCCAGGUCACAACAGGCAGUUCUCGAUCGGAGACCACGUCUGGACACGGGCCUACGGUGGACCGUCCAAGUGGCGGCGGGGCGUCAUCACCGCCCGGACGGGCCCGCUGUCGUUCGAAGUGGACGUGGGGAGCGCGAUCUGGUCCCGACACGCCGAUCAGCUCCGUCAUGCUGGCGCGCCCCGCGACCCCGACACGCCUGCCGAGCCCAGUGCAGUCCCCGGACCCGGCGCAGUCGGCCGGCCGGGCGCGACUCACGGCGACGGCAUCGUCAGCGGACGCGGCGCGGCCAGCGGGCCUGACGCUGUCGGUGGUACCGGUCAGCGGCAGCGGUUCGGGAGCGGCCAGGAGCCCGGACACGGUCCCGGUCAGCAGCGUCACGAGCAGCGGCCCGGUACCGGGGCGGCCGGCGGCUCAGGUGCGGCCAGCAGCCCGGACACGGGCACGGUCCCGGUCAGCAGCGGUACUGGCAGCGACCCGGUACCGGCCAGCGGCACCUGCACACCCGGCCGAUCUCCUGCAGACGGUAGACCCGGUACGGACGCCGGCAGCAGCGCCGACACCACUGAUAGUCGGCGUGCGCGGCCCAGCCGGGUGGCCUGCUGA